AUGCACCAUCUGCGUGUUGCCGAUUAUGUCACUCUCAUUCACAGCAGCGGAUUUAGCGCGCGUAAUUCUCAAAAAGUCAGCUUCAGCGUCCAUUCAAGUCUCCUUCGAGUGAACCGACCGGAACAAGAUAGCAGCGGAAUCUAUACCUGUAUAGUCUUUCACUCUCUUGGCCGUUCACAAGCCUCAAUUUGUAUACUAAUUUCACCAGAUCCUGACGAGGACGAAGAAAUCGAAGAAAUCAGGGAAAAAUGUUCUGACGGCUUGGAUGAUCCUCACCCGAUGGACUAUCGACCGAUCUACCGACCCUCAGUACUCGGUACCUCCAACACAACACAGCGCAUGGUCUGGAAUACAAAAAAUUUCUCCGGUACUCCGAGCCCUUUGUCACCAAACACUACUAUUAACGGCUUCCUACCCACAUCUACAAGCACUGAUAGCGCUAGCGGACCACCCAUUAAACCUCGCACUAUCUCUGUGGUUAAAUCUUCACCUUCUCCUGAACUAAAUACCGAACCAGCACCUGUACGCGAUCGAGAUACUAAACAAGGAGAAGAUGAGCAGACGGGAAGAGGUGUACAAAAAACAGACGAGGAAGCUAAGGCUCGGACUGAUUCCCCAGUCAAGUCUACCUACUUGUCCUGGUUACCAAAAAUGUUCAGGCGGAAAAAGGCAGUCGUAAAAAAUUCCAAUGAGCAGCUAGCUUCCAAGUAA